UUUAGUUAUUUGUCCAAAAACUCAGUAGUGAUGGCAUCAAAAGUAUCGAUCUACCAAUUUCCAGGUUCUUUUGGCCCCAAAGUUUCAUGGAGCAAAAGUGACACUGCUAUUGGAUUUUCCAAGAGUAUAAAAUCGAAGCAGUUUUUUGCUAAAACACCUGAUUUUAAGCUUGGUUUUUCUCCAAAGCAAGAAGUUGAAGUUUUGUCUACAAAAAUAAUGGCUCCAGAGUUACAAGUUGGAUUGCUGAAUGCAUGGAAUGAUGAUUACAAUGGGGUCGUUAUUGAACCCACAAGCUUACCCUCUUCUGCAAAUGCUUUUGCUUCAGUGCUUAAGGCCUCUUUGUCCACCUGGAAGUACAAGGAAGGUUUUGUCUACCACCAUGCUGAACCUGCAUAUGUUAUGCUCACCUACUGGAUUCCUGAUGAGCCUUGCGUUCUCCCUUUGGGCCCGUCCCAUCAGAUCGGCAUUGCAGGAUUCGUGAUCAACGAUAACAAAGAGAUUCUUGUAGUGAAAGAAAAAUGCUCCUGUAGUUGCUAUGGGGUGUGGAAGUUGCCAACUGGAUACAUCAACAAGUCUGAAGAAUUGUUCUCAGGAGCUGUAAGAGAAGUGAAAGAGGAAAUUGGUAUAGACACAACAUUCCUGGAGCUGGUUGCUUUCAGACAUGUACACCAAGUGGCUUUUGAGAAAUCAGACUUGCUGUUCGUCUGCAUGCUUAAGCCAUUAUCCUUCAUUAUCAAGAUUGACGAAAAUGAAAUACAGGAUGCCAAGUGGAUAACUCUCGAUAAACUCAUAAGUCAGCAAUUUUAUGAAGAAGAUCAGAUGUUGAAGAGGGUCAUUGAGGUUUGUAUGGCAACGUAUGAAAAUCGUUACAGUGGAUUCAUUUCGCAUCAGUUGACGUAGAAAUUUGAUGGAAAGCUAUCUUACUUGUACCACAACAAUGUGAACCCUAUUUAGGGCAACGGCAUUAUGAACUUCAGAAAUCAAAAUUUAUAUGACACAUUUACUUGGCAAUAAUAUGUACUUGUGUUAAGCAUUCUGAAAAAUGUACAAUUUAGUGACAUAUGUUUGAAAAAACAAUCGUACUACAUGUACAUAAUGAUUUACAUAUAUAUGAUAUCGCGAAAUAUAAUUUUAUAGCAGAAUUUCUUUAACCACAGAAAAAUUCUCUAUUCUCUUUUAGAUACAUCAUCUAUACGUAAAUCAUUAUGUCACUCCAUUAUUUA